UUUGUUUGAUUGAGAUAUGGGAGUGGUAAUCAUCGACGGAUCGACGGUGAGAAAUUUCGUGACAGACGAAGAACAUUUCAAUAAGUGCAUGGACGAGAGUUUCGUAUCUCUUGAUCUGAACUCGGACGGCGUCCUCUGCCGAUCGGAGCUUCGCAAGGCCUUCGAGUCUCUCCGCCUCAUCGAAGCCCACUUCGGCGUCGACGUUACAACCCCGCCGGAGCAGCUGAACGAGCUGUACGACUCUAUUUUCGACAAGUUCGAUGUGGAUGGCAGCAACACCGUCGACCCAAAUGAAUUCAAAUCGGAGAUGAAAAAGAUCUUGCUUGCAAUUGCCGAUGGGUUGGGAUCUUGCCCCAUUCAGAUGGCUCUCGAGGAUGAUGACCGGAGUAAUUUUCUGAAGAAAGCUGCUGAUCUUGAGGCUGCCAAGCUCGUCGCCAAUCAUCCUAGUUGUUCAUAAUCCAUGCUUAAAGGUUUCUCAACCUUUGAAUCUGGCACUUA